AGGAGAGCCAAAGAGGUGUCAAGAUGCCCCCCCAAUCUCGUAGCAUUUUCGGCUCAGACUUUAAGUGUUUAGAGGAGGAGUAUUCAUGCCUGAGGGCAGGCGCUUCUUUCUGAAAGAACAGCCUGACUUAUUCCGAGCUGUCCACCCCAAACGUGUUCUACGUUGCUUUGGAGAGGUGUUCAAUGAAUCAGCGUUCGAAACAGCUGCCGCCAACUCGACUCUGCAAACACAGUCCUCUGGUCUCCUCGAUGUAAGCACAGAUGUGCAUGAAGCAUCUCACCAGGUUUCUCAUUAUGCAGGCAACGAUGCGCACGAAGAAGCUGACCAGUUGUAUUACUCAUGUCAGCAGGUAGAUCGAGCUGGAGCUUUUCUGAGCCACGUUUGGGCAGCGGCUCGUUGGCUUAAGGUUCUGGCGUUGUAUUAUUACAUGAACAUCGAGUCGGCGGUCGUUGCCAGUGUCGGUGCUUGGGUUGCGGCAAUUUGCGUAAUGGUGAUCAGGAACGGCCCAACUGGCAUGGGAGCGCAACCAGGUUUGCUCAUGGUCUUCUUGGGCCUCCCAAUGUUGGUAUUUCUUCUCGUGUUGUGUGGUGGCCAUUUGAUUCGAGUUCCCGUUCAAACCAUGUGGCUGGAUAAGCUGAGCAUCCAUCAGACUCGCAAGGAUCUACAGAGUAAGGGUGUGAGUGCCAUUCCAGAAUUUGUUGCAAAGUCGGAUCGGAUGAUUGUCCUGUGGAGUGACACAUACUUCGAACGCCUGUGGUGCAAUGCCGAGGUCGCAACCUUCGCAGCAAUUAACGGAGCUUCCAGGCUCGACAUGCUUCCUCUUUGGUUAGCACCAUGGAUUUUCGUAACGAUGGCUCUAAACAUUGUAAGCAUCAUGAUAUCCAGCAAGCUUUUCGUUUGGAUCCCUCAAGCAGAAGUGUACAUUAAAUCAACAGGUAUUGUUGAAAAACCCUCUUUGCUGACGUUUUCUUCGCUCUUCGUUGGCGUAGGGUGUGCCUUCACUGUCGCCUAUGUGCCUCUGAUUAUACCUACUUUGUAUGCUACCCGCACCAAAUUCAAGCUACAUUUAAACAUGAUGGCGCAAUGUAAAGAGUUCACGUUCGAACACGCGAAGUGUCGAUUCGAGAGCGAUCGUGAGGUCGUUGCAGAUCUGAUCAAGUAUCUGUGGAAGGACUACGCACAUCCCAUUGGAGCGUUUGACGAAUUUGUCAAUGAGAAGCUCAGCAACCACGUAAUAGAUUCUAUAGGGUCAGCCACUCGGAUCCCAUACCGUUGUUGCCUUUUGCUGUUUUUGCCAUUGUUGUUUUCUUCGGCGUCUAACGUAUUCGGAUGCGAUGGCAUGCCGUGCGAAAUGGCUGCUGAGAUUGAGCUGGGAACAGGCGUUCAACCCGCCCAGCAAAUGCUCACAAAUGCAGCGGCCUGGGCCGUAGGUUUUUUCGGUGUGUAUCCUACGGUUUACCCGGUGCUGCUCUAUCUCAUGAACGUCGCGCGAUCUAAUUUCGAAUUCGACCCUUUUGCCCGUAUUGUCACCGAGCUCUGCGCAAUCAUUGUUUCGUACACGUACAUGGGAUUUCACGAAGGGUUCGCGGCAGGGGUCAUCAAUGCAGCCAGUUCAGAACUCGUCAACGGCAGCACGCGAGACAUUUGUCUCUGGAUGGGUGCUCUCGUGGUCUACCUCGUACUCCUGAUCUUUUGGAACUUACAUCUGUUCAAAAGGAGUUCCACCGAUCAUCUAUUUGAAGCCGGGGACUUCAUCAGAAUACCAACUGGGUACACUGGGAGUAAGAUUCCGUUGCUCGCUCAAUUCGCGGCACUUGUGGAUUACCAACCGAGUCAUCACACAAGUCAUCGCACAGAAGGCGAUGCCAAUCUCCUGUCGUAAAGCGAGAAGUAUUCACGUCGCAUGGCUGUUGCAAAACGUGACCAGGCGCAGACAGGUGCGGCUUGCUACCGUGCACAUGUGCUCCCGUUUGUCAGCGGCGCGAGUGAUGGAGGAUGUGUUUCAUGAAGUUUCACGUGGGACGACAUUUUUGGGGGAGGGAGGUGCAGCAAGUAUCCCGUGGAUGGGAGGAUUCUCCGUGCCUCCAACGGACGUCCCAGUAUGCUGUUGGUUUGUAGACUCCCUUGUUGAAUUCGCCGACCCACCCAGGCUUCACAGUAGCCAGCAGUGCGAUCCGCUUUCAAUUUUCCAUUUGGGUCGAGCUCCCGAGUUCCCCACGCCGCUUUUCCGGAACACGGCUGGCCAAGCAGGCACACCAGCCGUCGACCAUUGUGUGCGUAUGCGUGGCUACAGUGCUAACUACGCGCGAGGAUGACUCUUCGUCGGAGUGACCUCUUGUGGUGCGGGCCCACAGGGGUCCCCUCAGCCAUGGCCUGUGCGCUCGUAUCUCUCCCUCCUGGGGUCUCCUGCAGCCGCGCGCUCAGGGCCACCCCAUCUGCGUGGAGCCGACCAGAGGCUCGCUUCUGGUCUUGAGACACUCGCUUCAUGGCCCCCCGGCCGGACGGGAGCUUCCUGCGGCUCCCAUCGGGGAGUGGCCGGUCGUCGUGGGUUUUUUAUUCCCCGCGCCGGAGCUGACAGACCGGGCGACAGACGGUCUGGUCGUUGCCACCCCCCCCCCCGCCACAAUUCUGCUGUGGUCGAGGCGUUAGCCGUGGGCUGCUCGUCGACCCCGCCGCACGCCGGAGUGUCUGCCAGCCGCUGUCCCCUCCUUCGUCUCGGAGGAGGAGUUUCACCAGAGAAAACAAGCCCAAUCAGUGGAUGGCUCGGAAGUGAGUGUUAUGGAUAUCGAGAUCGAUU